AUGACCAAAAAAAUAUAUCGCUCGCCCCUGCCAAGCCUCAACAUCGAGGACGUAGACCUGGUGUCCUUUCUUUUCUCCAAUCCCUCUAACACCCCGCUCGACCGGCCGUUGUAUAUCGACGCCCUUUCAGGCAAGCAAUAUACCUUUAGAGAUGUCAUACAGCGCGUUCGUUCUUUGUCAAAUGGCCUUCAGCAAACCUUUGGACUGAAGCCUAAAGAUGUGGUAGCUUUGUUCAGCCCCAAUACUAUCGAAUACCCCAUUACAUGUCAUUCAAUAGUCGGCGCUGGAGCGAUUGUAGCACCCACAAGCGCGGCUCUAUCCUCGAUAGAGUUAUAUGCUCAGCUGGAAACCAGCGGUGCUCGGUUCAUCAUUUCCCACUCGUCGCUCAUCGACACUGCUCGAAAGGCUGCCAAAGGAACAUCUAUUGAAAAAAUCAUUUUGCUAGACGGCGCUGGUACUUCUACCUGCGAACAUAUUGCCGGGACAUUUCCACAAGGCGAUCUUACUCCAAUUCAUCCAUCAGAAGCUGCUCGCCAGGCAGCUUUCAUUUGCUUUUCAUCCGGAACCUCUGGUGCCGCCAAAGGUGUCAUUUCCACUCACCAGAAUAUCACUUCGAAUUUGCAACAGUGGCGUUCUCACUGCUUGGACUCCGGACUCCCCUCACAGCGCAUAAAACGCUCUACAGCCGUUGCAUUUCUCCCCUUUAGCCAUAUCUACGGACUGAAUAUGUAUAUGUGCCAGUGUCUCGUCUGGGGUACAACGGUUGUGGUUAUGCCGAGAUUCGAUCUCGAUAUAUACCUUGCCUCUAUACAAAAGCAUCGACCAGACGGAUUAGAAUUGGUCCCUCCCAUCGCUCUGAUGCUCGUCAAGGACGAACGAGUCGCGAAAUACGAUUUGAGUAGCGUCCGAAGAAUCAUGUCUGCCGCGGCACCGCUUUCCAUUGAAUUGGCAUCUGCUCUUGAAGCCAAAUUCAAGGAGCUUUACUCCACAGAGGUGUUUUGUAUCCAAUCCUGGGGUCUCACGGAGACCUCCCCGAUGGCUACCGCGUUUCCAAACGACAGAAUGGACAAACGAGCUUCUGGCGUUGGAUGCAUUGCCCCUAAUAUGGAGUUCCGCUUUGUAGACCCGGAGACCAUGAAAGAUGCUGCAACGUCCGCUGAUGGAUCGUCCGAGUCAGCCGAGAUAUGGUGCCGUGGUCCAAAUGUAACCCAGGGCUAUUAUCGCAACGACAAGGCAACAAAAGAUGCAUUUUAUGUCGACGAAGAUGGGACAAGGUGGUUCCGAACGGGGGAUAUUGGCACUAUUGACAAAGAAGGCUACAUUGCUAUUCACGAUAGAAUCAAGGAAAUGAUCAAGUAUAAGGGACUGCAGGUGAUUCCCAGCGAGCUUGAGGGAAAACUCGUUGAGCAUCCGGAUAUUGCUGACGCAGGCGUCGUUGGGGCUUGGGUUGAAACAAAGGCUACCGAGCUGCCCGUUGGGUUUGUGGUUCUGAGCUCUUUAGCAAAGGACAAAGAUCCGAAGACGGUUAUCGAGGGGAUACAUUCGUGGCUGAAUCCGAAGAUUGCGAAUCACAAGAGAUUACGUGGUGGGAUUUUUGUGUUGCAGCAAAUUCCUAAGAGUCCAAGUGGGAAGAUUCUGAGGAGGCAGCUCAAAGAAUUGUUGAAAAGAAAGACAUUUCCAAGGGCUCAGUUGUAA